AUGGCAAAUCUCUGGGAGUUGGUCCUCUCUGGGAACCAGUUUUUCUCGAGCCUCCCUUCAACCUUCCCUACGCUCACGCAGCUCCGAGUUCUGGACAUCUCUGAGACGGGUGUGAGGGGCUCUGCCCCGAAGCGGAUGGAACAGAUGUCACAACUUGUUGUGUUCGACAUCCACGGCACCAGGGUCGAACGCGGAAAAUUCAGACACACGUACCCGGACACGACGGUGACGUCGAUGGGAGGUGAUGGCAAGAACUGUGCGCCAAUGCUCGAGGACCCCUGCUGCCUUUUCGGCCGGUCGUCGAACCGCUGCACGCUUGAGGAGAUCCUGAGGAGGUUGUGGACUCCGCCCUACUGGCAGCGGCACGCGUACCCAGCAGAUACACCCUUCUGCUCCUGGUCAGGUGUGACCUGCGCCACUGUGGAGGGCCGUCCAAGGGUGGUAAGGCUCAUCCUGGAGGAUGCCCUGAUGUCUGGCAUGCUGAACGGGCAUUGGGAAGAUUUAGGUGAGCUCAGAGAGCUCCGCGUACGGAGCCGGCGCACGACAGGAGGCCUGCAAUGGAAAAUGGGGUCGAUGUCGAAGCUGGAGAUACUCGAGCUACAAGGGCCUUUCGACGGAGUACUGUGGGGAAACUCGUGGAUCGGGAAGUUGACAUCUCUUCGCGUGCUCAUCUUGCGGACCGUUUUCAGAGAUGCCAAGCGUGCGAACAAAGACCGCCUUCCCGCCACCAUCGCCAACCUCCGCAAUCUGGAGGUGCUCGAUCUUACAGGCAAUCGCGUCCGCAUGCAGUUUCAGUCCCUCGUGGGUUCACUUCCGAAGUUGAACCUGCGCGAGCUCCGGCUCAGUGGCAACCUGCUGGAAGGUUCCAUCGGCAAGGAAGUCAGCGACCUUCCCAAUCUUGAGGUCUUAGCCCUGGAUGGGAAUAUGUUGGAGUCCAAGCUGCCGGGAGAACUGGCGCAGCUUUCGCGGCUUCAAGAGUUGGAUCUCCGCAACAACCGUUUCGAGGGGAAGGUCCCGAGAGGUCUCCGACAGCUGAAACUCACGCGGCUGGCUUUGGGCAACAAUCAGUUCACGAAACCGAUCCAGUCAAAGAACUGCGCGCCUGUGGAGGAGGAUCCGUGCGAGCUCUUCAGACUCCAAGACCUGGAUCGUGGUGACGUCAACGUCUGGCCGUUCAUCCUUGUGGCCUCCUUGUUGCUCUCCGGCCUCUUCUACAAGGACCGAACCUGCCAAGGCUUCAGCGUGCGCCCAGGCGCGCUGGAACUCGCUGCUUGGAGCAGCGAUGGAGAGGAAUGGGAGGGCAGGAGGAAGUUCCGCAACUGCUGGGCCGUCCUGGAGGUGUGCGAGCUCUGCUUUGUCAUCGCUAUGCCGUUGGCGCCGUUGCCGCUUUCGUUUCCGCUGCUGAGUCAGAUCGCGCUGUUGACGCUUGUUCUCUUCAAGCUGGCGCUUUUCAGAUUGCACCGCAAGGAGCUGGUGUUCCGGCCCCUAGAUGUGCUGCUACCGGAGGGCUCCUCGGUGCUGAUGCUGCCGUCCCAGGAGAUGGCCGGCCAUGCCAAAUUGCUGGGCAUCAUUGUGUGCGGCUACCUUGCGACAUUCACGGUCGUUUCGAAGAUGCUCAACGUCUUCAUGGUGAUGGAGCCCUUCUGCUGCCUGGUGCUCCUGCUGGCUGUGAUUCGCACCACCUUUGCCAGCCGCACGGUACCUUUCGAGGAGCAGCGCGAAGACAAGGCGAAUGAGCUCCUCAAGGUUGCACUUGUGGUGGAGGUGUUCACCAGCGAUCAGCGAUGGCACCGUAUCAACGAGCGGACGGUGCACGUCGACUUCCAGUUGCCCUCGUCUUCCCAGCGCUCCUUUGUGGAGGUCGAGCUGCAAUCUUCAACUUCCUCCUGCACGCCGCCGGCGGAGACGACUCGUCGAAGGCUGCCACCAAGCCGCAGGAAGACCCUGAGGGGGCGUUGCACUGGGACGCCAGCCGUGGCAAGAUCCCUGUGUCUGUGA